UAUAUUUGUCUGUGAAAAUUAAUCAACAAUGAUUGAAAAUUUUGAUAGUGUUAAUCAAUUGAAUUGAUUAAUCAACUAAAAACUUAAUUAUGGACAAAAAUAAUAACAAUUAUCAAUCAAUUGAUUUAAACAACAACAAUAAUAAUGGUGUUAAUUGUGUUACUAAAUUAAAUCCAAUUCAUCAGUAUGUUUCAACUAAAUUGUGGUCGAAAAGUAAACAAUCAAAACCUUUACCAGUGACAAUUAACAACAACAAUCAAAAGCCUAAUAUGAAACUUGGUGAUCAACAACAAUUUAAUCACAAUUAUAAUCAUAAUCAUUAUCAACGAUAUCGAUCUGGAUCUUCAUCUGAUUCAGCAAUUACCCUUGAUUCACCAACCAUUGAAGAUGAAUUUAAACAAGUUCAACAAAACCAUCAACAAUCAACUGGAACAAUUAACGAGUCUAAAUUAAAUUCAUCAGAUCUUUCUGAUGAUUUUAAUCAAUUGGCUUAUCAUUUAAUCACAAUGGCUUUGGAUGAUGAUACUUUUUUUCAUUCAGAUAAAUUUAAUCAAAUGUUACCAUUGAUUAAAGUUCAUUGUGAUUUUAAUUGUAAACAAUUUGAAAGUAAAUUAUCCUUGGCCGGUGUUAAUUGUGAUUCAUUUGGAUUCAUUAAAGAUCAAUCAAAAUUGUCUAAUUGUGAUAAUAACAACGAUGAACAGAUUAAAGAUCAAUUGAAAGAGUUAAUUGUUAAUAUUAACAAUGAACGAGCAUCUAAAUUGUGGACAAUUGGUUGUGACAAUUUAAAACAAUUAAUUCGUGACUAUGGAAUCCCCAAUCAAUUAAGACCUCAGGUUUGGAUGGCUUUCAUUAAAGCUAAAUUGGGUCAACAAUAUGAUAUUGAUAAUCUACUAGGAUUAGCUAAUGAAGUUUCACCAACACAAUCAAAUCAAGAUUCGAUAAUUAAACAAAUUGAUCUUGAUGUAACUCGGACAAUGCCAAGUAAUGUGAUGUUUUCAACAACAAUCGGGUUAGCUAAAUUACGACGCAUUUUAAUUGCUUAUUGUAUUCACGUUAAUCCAUUUGUUGGUUACUGUCAAGCAAUGAACUUUAUUGCUGCUCUAUUGUUGUUAAUUUUUCAAGGAAAUGAAGCUCAAUCAUUAAUGGGAUUGAUUUGUAUCAUUGAUCAUUACUUUCCACCAAACUACUUUGAUGAACAAUUAACAGGAGCCCGAUCGGAUCAACUUUUAUUACGAGAUUUGUUUCUCGAAAGGUUAAGUUCUGACAAGGAUAAAGCUUUUUUCAAUGGGUCACUUUUUGUCCAGAUAACUAAUUCAUUGUCACUCAAUUGGUUCCUCUCAUUGUUUCACAAUGCUGUUCCUUGGCAGAUUCGCUUACAAAUAUUGGACUGUUUUUGGAUCGAAGGGGUUAAGGUGCUCUUCCGGUUUAGUAUCGCUCUUAUUGAACUUGGAUGUGAAGGGUUAACCUCCUCUUCAUCAUCAUCGUCAUCAUCAUCACUUUUAUCAUCUUGUUAUCAUCUUAAUGAACUUGCCUCUGGUGAGAUAAUUAACUCAAUCAAGGAGAAAUCUCGUCGUUGUUAUGACAUUAAUCGGUUAAAACGAUUGGCCUUCAGGUCAAUUAAGAUUCCAAAGAGGAAACAUUUAGCUGCCCGCAGGUCAUUUUAUGUUAAACAAAUCGUCAAUGGUCUGGACGAUAUAAUUAUAAUUAAUUCAAUUACCUCAUCAACUAAUAAUCACUCUCAUAAUCAUCAGGAAACUAAUAGACAAUUAAGAAACCUAAGUUCAAGUACAUCACCAGCACCAAGUAGUAGUCCGGAUGAUGAAGUUAAUCAUCUUAAUCAAAGUAACAAUCAAGGUAACAUUAAAGGUAGACUUUGGUUAAGACGUAAAUCAAGUGGACUAUUAAGAGGAUUAAGUAUUAAUCAACACAAUCAAAGUAAUCAAAGUGAACAACAAUCAAACAUGCAGUUAACUUUAUCAUCGGAUAAUUCAGUGGUCAUUUUAAUUGAGCAAAAUGGAGCUAAAGAUGAGUUAAUUGUUACAACAGUUAAAUGUCCAAUAGUUAAUCCUUCAAAUGAUCAACAAUUAGCAGACAAUUCUAAUGAUGAUUUGGAUUCAAGUGAGACCAAAAUGAUUAAGAAAGUUGUAAUUAAAUUGUUACGAAAAAAUCGUUACCAUCUUUAUGGGGUUUCCAAUGAUUCUCGUAAAAUUUAUUUCUAUCAGGAAACAAUUAAGGGAACAUCAGUUAAUUGUUUAUACAACAAUUGGAUUAAUAUUGUUCCAAUUAGUUAUCGAGUUAAAUCAGCUUUUCAUGAUUCAUCUAAAUCAAUUAGUCUAUUUGUUGGAACCGAGGGAAUUGUUACAAAAAUUAAUCACAAUGAGGAGAAAAAUCAAUCAACUGAUGAACAACAACAAUUAACUAAUGGUGUUAACAGUAAAUUGGAAACAAUUUCAUUGGAUCAACAAUCACAACAAUUACAAUUAACUGUUCCCCAGUCAUCAUCAACUAGACGUUCUCGUGGUAAAUGUACAAUUCAAUCAACUAAUUACGAUCCAAUUAGUGGACAAUUAGCAAUUUAUAUGGUUACACCUGAAUUGGGUAAAUUGUAUAUAAUUGAUAUUUACACUUUGGACAUUUUUAAUUGUUUAACAAUUGAUUGUUACCUUAAUCAUUUAUCAUUAUCAUCUUCAUCUUCAUCUUCAAUACUUUUUGCUUCAACAAUUAUCCGAGAUCCAAUGUUAACUCAAUUAGAGACAAUUAACUUUUAUGAUAUUUUAACAACUCACAGUACAACCGCAACAAUUAAACAAUCACUUGUACAAAAUACCGAUUUAAUUGUUACAAUCAGAUCAUUUCUUUGGUCACCUCAAUCUGUUAAUCAUCCUUGUAAUCACUCUGAUCAUCAUCGUAAUCAUUUACCUGAUCAGUGUUGGUAUAAAUCAUUAUCAUCGUUUUCAUUGUCAUCUUCAUCAUCUUCAUUGUCAACUGUUAAUUGUAAUCAACAUAAAGAGAGCGAUCAUCAUUUACUAAUUGUAUUAUUUAAAAAUUGUCGACUUCUUUGUGUCCAAAUUGAUUGUGAUCAUCGAAUUACUCGUAAAAGGAGCUGUACAAUUAACGAUAAUUUUGAUUGUUCCAAAGCGAUUAUUGUAAAUGUUGAUUCUCAAUUGGAUACAAUUUAUGUAACUUUGUUUUCACCUUCGAGUAAAUUAAAAACUGUUUCAUUGUAAUUACUUU